GAAGUAAGACCAAUGCUCUAAAUACGGACGUUACCAUAGCAGCACUAAAAGGCCAACACCAAAUAUGUAAUAUGCUGAGUAAUUAUGUAAUUGAGAGACUUCUUAGCGGUAAAUAAAAUUGAUGUCAAUAACCUCACAGCAAUGGCUGAAGGAUAUAUAACAACAGACCACGAUGAGUUGACCACUAGCCUGAGGCUAAAAGAUUUUGAAGACAUGGACAGCUUUGAUCCAGCCUUUAUAAAGUGUUUCUGGGAUAAACGAGGUAAAACUGGACUUGCGUGUGAAUUAGAACUGACAGUACAGAGUACACCUACAACAACAACAUUUGUAGAAACAUCUGGUCCUGAACUUCAUGCAGAACAAGUGUUUAUUCGAAACGCUAGAAGAUGGCUUAGACAAAAUAGAAGAUGGCUUAGACAAAACAUACGAAUCACACCAGAAUGUCUAUCUGUCACAAUGCUGAUAAGUAAUAGCCCUUGCUUCAAAUGUCGAGAAGAUUUGCAAGAGUUUUUCAUUUCAUGCGGUGUACCUAAUGUUUACUUCACUUUAAGGAUAGCACGAUUGUAUUUAGAAAAGUCUACACCUGAUGAAGCAGAAAGAAAAUUAGAUUACUGGAUAAAGGACCUUGAAGUGCGAGGAGUUUCAGUCUGUUUGAGUGCCAUUAAUGUGAUUUCAGAAACUAAUGCGCUAACAACAACGGUGAGUAUGAACGAGCAACAAAAGACCACUAGAAUAGAUGAAGACGCAAGGGUUAACCGACAAAUUGGCAACAUUCAAAACGGGACUACACACGUGACUAAUCUGAUUAAACACUUCAGAUUGUCGCCAGACUUCAAACAGAAAUAUUUUAUAGACGAAAAUGACCACCAAAUGAUACUACUCCAGCUCAUAGUCUCAGCUGUGACGAGGAGUGAGCAACGACCAACAGGGAUUAGAGAAUCAUUAAGGAUGAACGAAAAUGGAGAUAACCAUCAAAUAGAGAAAGAGAUACGCACAAUCAAAAUGCCAUUGUCAUGGGUACACGUCAGAAAGUGUCUUGUCCUGGUAUGUGCACACGUGCCCUCCACCGAAUGCCAAGAGGGGAUUACAGAGUUCAUGGAAGAAAAAAGGAUUGACGGAGUGCAAAACAAACUGAUACUACACAUCGCCAGUAUCCCUGUAGACGAAGAAAGAGACAGUUUUAUUCAGUGGAUAAUAUAUUUAGAAAGCAGAUCAAUCCGUGUGAGUUUACAACCUUUCUAUGUUCCAUUUGGUUCCUUGUCGCGUCAAAUAGUUGAACAACAUUAUAUGAUAUUGAUAAAUGAAUUCGAUAUUCUCAAGGGAGAAAUGGAAUCCAGAAUGUAUCCUCCUACACCACCAUCUCAGCACACUACAGAUUCUUCAUCGCGUUCAGAUGAAGAAACGAGCUCUUACACAUUUCAGGACGAGGCAAGCAUGUCGCCAGUUGGGCCAUCUAUGCAAGAAACGAUAGACAUGAGCGAGACUAAUUCAGCUAGUUUAGAGAUGUCUUUCUGCUCAGAGGAACAAGCGUCGGAAGAACAAAGCCAGUCAUCACAAGACGAGUUAUUAAUGUUGGACGAAAACAACACAUUUAUACCAAUACCAUAGCAUUAUACCAUAGACAGGUCUUAUUGUAUACUUUAAUCCAAGAUUUUUUAUACCAGACAAUACACGAUUGCACAAGCUGACUCCCACUAUCCCCCACUUAUUACCCAUUGUUCCCUACAAGAUAAUAAAUUUCUUCUUCAUUGA